UUAAAUGAUCAUUACCGAAAGGCGGUGCAUUAUUUGCUGACGUAAUUUUUAUUUUAAACAUAUAGGGAAUCAUCGAUUUAAUAUGAAAUUCUGUCACAGUGUAUAUUUUUCAUACAAAGUUUUAUUUUAAAAAAUAAAGUGCAAAUAGUAUAUUUGUGACAAAUAUUAUCAUUUUUUAAUUUAGAAAAGUAUUUUAUAAAACACUUGUAAUAUAUAACGUUGAUAAUUUUCUAAGUUUUUGCAAAAAAUAAAAUAUUAACUGGUAAUGAAAAUUGUAAACUAUAGUUUUUCUUAGUUCUUCUUUAUCAUUAAAGAAUGCCAGGGUAAGCGCAUUUACUUCUGUUGCAAAACAUAGCAUUUGUUACAGAGAUGUCUUUGGAUCAUAUGUUUUGUUCUCGAUGCAGAGAAGGUUUUGUACCUCAUGAAAAAAUUGUUAAUUCACAUGGAGAAUUAUGGCAUCCUCAGUGUUUUGUAUGUGCACAAUGUUUUCGUCCAUUCCCAGAUGGAAUAUUUUAUGAGUUCGAAGGAUAUAAAUAUUGCGAACAUGAUUUUCAUGUCUUGUUUGCACCCUGUUGUGAAAAAUGCGGGGAAUUUGUUAUUGGCCGUGUAAUAAAAGCAAUGAAUGCUAACUGGCAUCCAGCGUGUUUCCGUUGCGAAGAAUGCAGUGGUGAAUUAGCUGAUGCAGGAUUUAUUAAGUGUCAAGGCAGAGCUUUAUGCCACACAUGUAAUGCACGUGUUAAAGCAGGAGCACUUGGAAAAUAUAUUUGUCAUCAGUGCCACGGAGUAAUUGACGACAAACCUCUACGUUUUCGAGGGGAGCUUUAUCAUCCGUACCACUUCAAUUGUACAGCUUGCGGUACAGAACUUAAUUCUGAUGCUAGAGAAGUUAAUUCUAGACCAGGAUAUGCUGCCAAUGAAAUGAAUGAGUUGUAUUGUUUGAGAUGUCAUGAUAAAAUGGGAAUUCCAAUUUGCGGAGCAUGCCGACGUCCGAUAGAAGAGCGUGUAGUAACUGCUUUGGGAAAACAUUGGCAUGUUGAACAUUUUGUAUGUGCAAAAUGUGAAAAACCAUUCUUAGGUCAUAGACAUUAUGAGAAAAAAGGUUUAGCUUACUGUGAGACACACUACCACCAACUUUUUGGAAAUCUUUGUUUUGUAUGUAAUCAGGUCAUUUCUGGGGAUGUCUUCACAGCUUUAAACAAAGCAUGGUGCGUUCAUCACUUUGCUUGUGCAUUUUGUGAUCAAAAAAUGAAUCAAAAAACUAAAUUCUUCGAAUUUGAUCUGAAGCCAGCUUGCAAAAAAUGUUAUGAUAAAUUUCCACAAGAAUUAAAGAAACGUAUGCGUCGUAUGUACGACUUAAAUCCUAAAAGAAUACCCGCUUAAAACUAUAUUAUAUCAUUUUAUUUACACUAAUUACAGAAAGUAAAGUAAAAAAAAUUCAGCAUAUUAAUGAAAGUUAACAGUAAAAUUUAACAUACCUAUGUACUGAUUGCUAAUAUUAAUCAAAUCACUGUAUUUAUGCUUUUGUUUUAAUAAUGGAAACCAUUUUUAUGUGUCUGAGCAUCUCAACAAUAUUUUCUUAUAUUCAGAGUGCCUUACUGGUGUAAAAAUGUCAAUUAAGUAUACUUAUAUAAAAGAAUUGAAAUUAUACUGUAGGAAAUAUGAUAUUAAUGUAGAUCUUUUGUUGGAAACGUAAUGAUUUUAAAAAUAAUAUUUGUUAUUAUCAUGUGUAACAUGUAAGAAAAUAUAUUUAUCUGUAAGUUUUUCACAGACUGUACUUUUGCAAACUAUGUAAAUUAUAAUACUGACAAAAGGAAAAUAAACUGAAUAAAUAAGAA